AUGUCGUUCCUCCGCUCCGCCUUACCCUUCCUCGGGCAAAUCACAGUCCGCAAAUGUCUCGGCCAACAACAGCCCUUCUACACCCCAUUUCACCAAAUACGACAGUAUUCCCCCUCCAUCGACUACCAAAUUAGCGCAACAAGAUCUACCAUCGCCCAAAUCCUCAACCACAUUGACUCUCAGCAUACUGCAGCACAGUACCUCUCCCACUUCACUAACUUCCAUUCUCCUACGCAGCAGCCCUUCGCUGUGAUUAAGGUCGGAGGCGCGAUACUCGAUACUCACCUCCAGACCCUCGCAUCAAGUCUCGCCUUCUUCAGCCGCAUGGGCCUCUACCCCGUUAUUGUUCACGGCGCCGGACCUCAACUUAACAAGAUCCUCGAGGAUGCAGGCGUGGAACCACACUUCGAGGAGGGGAUCCGCGUAACAGAUGGUCAGACCCUGUCUAUCGCACGGAGACUCUUCCUCGAAGAGAACCUUAAGCUAGUCCAAGCGCUAGAGGAAAUCGGGGUUGCGGCGCGGCCGAUCACGGCGGGCGUGUUCCAGGCAGAGCAUCUCGAUCAGAAGAGAUAUGGGCUCGUCGGACGGAUAACGAAGGUGGAGACAGCGCCUAUUGUUUCGGCCAUGAGGGCGUCUUGCCUACCUAUUCUUACGUCUAUGGCUGAGACGAAGGAUGGGCAAGUGCUUAAUGUGAACGCAGACCUUGCGGCUAGUGAGCUGGCGAGAACGUUGAAGCCGAAGAAGGUAGUUUAUCUUGCUGAGAAGGGUGGGUUGGUGCAUGGGGUGACGGGGAAGAGGAUCGAGAGGAUUAAUUUGAGCGAGGAGUUUGAUGAUCUCAUGGCUCAAGAUUGGGUCAAGUAUGGGACGAGGUUGAAAAUUCGUGCUGUGGAGGAGCUGUUGCGUGGGUUACCGGGUACGUCUAGUGUGUCGAUUGUCCAUCCGGUUGAUUUACAACGGGAGGUUUUUGCGGCCUCUGGUGCCGGCACAUUGAUUGAGAGGGGGACAAGGAUCUACAGUACUACUUCUGCGGAGUUUAGGGAUGAGGAGAGGCUGGUGCAGGCUUUGGCACAGCAGGGGGCUGGUCAUGAUGAGGUGAGGUUUUGCGUGGAUGAGAUGCGGAGGAAUCGUCCGCUCAAGAUGUAUUUCAAUGAUCCGUCAUCUUUGAGUCCAUUGGCUGUCGUUGCAUUUGGGUCUGGAGGCGUACCGCGCUUGAUUACAUUUCCAAAUGGGAUUAUGGGUGCGGGUGUUGUUGCUGAUGAUAUUUUUGUUCGGAUCACGAAAGAUUUUCCCAAGUUGGUGUGGAAUGUUCGUGAUGAUGAUGACAGACUUGAGUGGUUUUCGGCUCGCGCAACUGGGAGGUUUCAGCAUGGAGGUUGGGUUCUGCUUUGGCACGGAUUGAAUCAGCAGGAGGCUAGGCAUUUGAUAUUGGGGUUCCGAGAUGAUUAUGAGGCGGAUGAGGUUGGAUUGGAAACGAGUGACACCUAUAGACUGGCUGCUCAAGCUUAA